AUGCUCACGACACGCGCUAGGUUUCUUCCCCUAGUGCUAACAGCGGGCUUGGCUUCUGCUUAUAGCUUCCCAGACUGCACCAACGGGCCUCUUGCCCAAAAUGCGAUUUGUGAUACUUCCUUGGAUCCUAUCUCCCGCGCUACCGCAGUCGUAGACUUAUUUACCAUUGAUGAACUCAUCAAUAACACCGUGAGCACUUCGCCUGGCGUCCCACGCCUCGGUCUUCCUCCUUAUCAAUGGUGGUCUGAAGGCUUGCACGGAGUAGCGGACAGCCCAGGCGUAAACUUCUCUGCUUCCGGAGAGUUCAGUUAUGCAACAUCAUUCCCGCAACCUAUCAUCAUGGGUGCUGCCUUUGAUGACGAGCUGAUCAAGUCAGUCGGGGCUAUUGUCGGCAUGGAAGGAAGGUCGUUCAACAACUAUGGUCGAGCCGGAUUAGAUUUCUGGACGCCGAACAUCAAUCCUUUCAAAGAUCCUCGAUGGGGACGAGGCCAGGAAACUCCUGGAGAAGACCCUUAUCACCUCGCCCAAUACGUUUACAAUUUGGUGCAGGGGCUACAGGGUGGUCUUGACCCGAAGCCUUACUAUCAAGUCAUCUCGACUUGCAAGCACUUUGCAGCAUACGACUUGGAAGACUGGGACGGUAACUACCGUUAUGGGUUCGACGCCAUCGUUACAACACAGGAUCUGAGCGAAUAUUAUUUGCCAUCUUUCCAAAGUUGCUACAGAGAUGCUAAAGUUGGAGCUGCAAUGUGCAGUUAUAAUGCCGUCAAUGGCAUUCCGUCUUGUGCCAACACGUACCUCCUUCAAUCUAUCUUACGAGACUUUUGGGGCUUCGCUGAGGAUCGAUGGGUUACUUCAGAUUGUGAUGCUGUCGAUAAUAUAUAUGACCCUCACAACUACACCAAAACUCCCGAGGAGGCGGUCGCGGAUGCGCUCAAGGCCGGUACUGACAUCGACUGUGGUACAUUCUACAGUGAAUAUUUGCCUGGUGCUUACAACCAGUCGUUGAUCACGGAAACCGAGUUAAGGCAGGCUUUGAUCCGUCAAUAUGCGUCUCUUGUUCGUCUCGGAUAUUUCGAUCCUACAGAUAUACAGCCUUACCGGCAAUACAACUGGAACAACGUAGACACCCCACAGGCCCAGCAACUAGCUUACCAAGCCGCCGCAGAGGGCAUCGUUUUGCUCAAGAACGACGGCACUCUACCACUCUCAAGUGAUAUCAAGAACAUCGCGCUCAUUGGUCCUUGGGGAAAUGCGACAGGCGAGAUGCAGGGCAACUAUUACGGUGUUGCACCGUACCUUAUUAGCCCCUUAAUGGGAGCUGUGGCAACUGGCUAUAAUGUCACUUACGUGUUCGGGACAAACAUCACUUCCAACGAUACCAGCGGGUUUGCUGCAGCAAUCGCCGCCGCUCAAGGCGCUGAUGUCGUCAUCUACGCAGGGGGCAUCGACGAAACGGUCGAGAGCGAGGGGAAUGACCGAAACUACAUCACAUGGCCAGGAAACCAGUUGGACUUGGUUGGCGAGCUAGCCGCAGUAGGGAAACCUCUUGUUGUGGUGCAAUUUGGAGGAGGACAAGUGGACGAUACUUCCCUGAAAGCCAAUAGCACUGUUAAUGCUCUUCUUUGGGCUGGAUAUCCUGGACAAAGUGGUGGAUCAGCUCUUUUUGACAUUAUCAGUGGAAAAGUAGCACCCGCUGGCCGUCUCCCAGUUACGCAAUAUCCUGCCGACUACGUGUAUGAGAUUCCCAUGACAGACAUGGACUUGCGGCCCAACGCGACCAGCCCUGGCCGCACAUAUAAAUGGUACACGGGCACACCGAUCUACGACUUUGGCUAUGGUCUGCACUACACAACUUUCAGCUACAAGUGGGCCAAAGCACCAUCAAGCACGUAUAACAUUCAAACACUCGUGCAGUCGGGAAAUCUAUACUCAUAUCUUGACCUGGCACCUUUCGACACAUUCACUGUCAAUGUUACCAACACGGGCAAUGUUACGUCCGAUUUUGCUUCUUUGCUAUUCGUUAACGGAACAUAUGGACCAUCACCAUACCCGAAUAAGUCUUUAAUCACUUAUGCUCGUCUUCAUGAUAUUGCAUCCGGAGAUACGGCAUCUGUGGCAUUAGGAGUUACCUUAGGAUCUAUUGCCAGAGCGGACACCUAUGGUAACAUGUGGCUAUAUCCUGGAACUUAUCAGGUUACUUUGGAUACAUUGGGAGUUCUCACAUACCAAUUCCAACUCACAGGCAGUGCUACUCAGAUCACGGAAUUCCCUCAAGAUAAUGAUGCUCCACCUUCGUGACCUUCGUAUACAUGGAAAUAGUUUUAUGAUAUCCCCAGCCAUUGUUUCUCACUUACCUUGAACGAUUUUUUCUUAUACGAGAUAUGAUUCCUCCAAAACUUGAUCUUGUAGAAUUCGGUUGGCGCAAACACAUUUUAGUUUCACGCAAUCUACUGUUGUAUG